AUGUAGUGUGUCUAGAAGGGGAAGGAGGCGCGGCGCGACCCUCCCCCUCUCUCUGCCGCCACCGCCACUAGGGCAUCAUCGCUCGGAGCUUCAUCGCCAUAGCCACAGACGGAGCGAGUGUCACGCACACACACCGCCAGUCCAUCGAUCGAUCGCUGCCAUUCGCGGUCUCCUUCCUCCAUUCCGUGGAUCGAUCCAUUGGCGCGGCGGCGGGCGCGGCGAGGGCACAGUUGAAUUCAUUGCCUGGCAGCCACUGGUGAGGAGGAACCUUGAUGCAGCAAACGGAAUCGUCAUCAUCGCCAUCGAGAAGCGACAACGCCAUGACUGCCGCCGCCGCCGCCACCACAGCUUUUGCUGCUCCAAAGCACAACAAGGUGGUGAAUCGCGGGGCUGGCGUCUGGGUCGUAAAGUCUGAGCUCGCAAAGGCAGUGGCAGAAGUGAGCACUGCCAAAUCGGAUUCGGACAUCACCGAAACGCAAAAAGGCGUGGACACACCCAGUGUCGAUACCGGAUCUGGGAGUGAUCCCGGUGUUGUGCCCGAGCAGCAGCAGCAGAACCAAACACUCACUCGGCAGAUUUCUCUGAGCAAACUAAAUGCUGGAGCACCGGUCUUUGUUCCCAAGGCGACGUCUCCUCAGCCUCCUCCCGCGGCUUUGCAGCCUGGUCAGCCAGGUGUUCUCUCGUUUCCACCAAUGCCAGUCCAGCCAUCUCCGCCGGAAGCUCCCUCGGUUGUGGACGUGGAUGACCAGAAUGCUUCGGUGCCGUCGUCCUCUCAGAAGUCGUCUGCUCUCAGUGAAGAUACUCGCGCUCAAGUCGUCCAGCAGGUGGAGUUUUAUUUCAGUGAUGCCAACCUUCCAACAGAUAACUACUUGAUGAAGUUCAUCAAAAAGGAUCCCGAAGGUUUCGUUCCGAUACCGAUCAUCGGAUCGUUCAGAAAGAUCAAGCAGCUUACAAAGAAUUACGGUGCUUUAGCUGCAGCUCUAAGAUCCUCUUCCAAACUUGUAGUCAGCGAAGACGGGAAGAAAGUGAGGCGGGCUGAGCCACUUGCUGAUAUUGACCUUGACGAAAUCCAGGGACGAACAGUCGUAGCUGAGAACCUGCCGGAGGAUCACUCCAUACAAAGCCUAGAAAAGCUAUUUGGAACGAUUGGAAGCGUGAAAAUGGUAAGAGUGUGCGAACCAGGAUCUGCAAACAGUGUCAAUAAUGCUGCAUUGGCGAAGCACUCUAAAACCGACAGAGUUGUUAGUAAUAAGCUGCAUGCUCUGGUAGAGUACGAGACUCUUGAGCAAGCCGAGAAAGCUGUUGCGGAGCUGACUGACCAACGAAACUGGAGGAGCGGUCUUCACGUACGUCUUCUGCUCAGACGAAUGUAUCCUGCCAGCAAGCACAAUCAUGGAGCCAAGGGCCGAAAGUCUUCGACGGACGAAGAGGAUCUGGAAAGUAAAGGUGAGGGCGCCUCAGAAGCAUCACCAUCGACAGAUGAAACAACGGCAACGGGAGCUCCUGACACGGAGAAAGACAGCGCAAAGCGUGGAGUUCAGCAGCAGGCCGGGGGAAGAGGUCGUGGACGGGGGGGCCGAGGGCGAGGGAGAGGCGGAGGAGGAUUGAUCAACGCCAACGGUGGCAUGCUGGGGACAUCUCCACAGAUAAGUUGCAGCCCUUCCAUUGGCGAAACGAUGGUAGCAAAGCCGCCGCCAGGCCCUCGAAUGCCGGACGGAACUCGGGGCUUUAGUUUUGGGCGUGGAAGUGGUGCUGCCGCCACUGCUGUUGCCAAGGCCAGCCAAGCUCGCCCUGGCUCGCUAUGAUCUCCAAGGGGCUAUAAGCGUUUCUAGGUGCUUGGUCAAAUUGAAAUACAUAUAAUAGCUUGGAUUUUGGCUUAAUAUAAAGCUUGGUGCUGUAA